GAUUCUUUUGGUCCAGUAGUUGCAUGUUACUAUGCGCUUGCAAAAAUCUGUCACAGCCCUCCUUUCGGUACCUUGCCAACAGCAGCAAGCAGCGCGAGCAAGCCCCACUUCUGUCGAUAAUCUGUCGCAUUGGAUUGGUGAGGGAGAAUCGCUGUGAUUUAGAGCGCAGCUGUCAGCUAACCGCGGUCCCGCUGACAAGGAAUGCAAGACAAGCGAAGAAUAGUUUGUUGCUGGAGUUAAUAUCCAAGUUAUUUGGGGGUUAUUUUUGACCAGUAGGUGUGCUGGUUAUGCCGGGGGGGAAAAGCCUCAGGAUGUGGCACAGCCUCAGAUGCGCAAACGGAGCUCCAGCGGGCAGAUUUUUUACGCGGGCACACCGAUCCAAGACGGUUUCACUUUCAAGACGGGAAUGCAUCAGAAACAGCUGGAACGUGACUUGACCCAAGAGGAAAAAAAAAAAAUCUGUAUCCUUUUGCGACCUUGUUCUCGUUUGUAGUUCGUUUUAAAUAUAUAUAUAUAUAUAGCGGCAUCCCCUUUGAGUGUGGGGCACAAUGGAGCAGCUGGAAGAGGAGCUUACGUGUCCAGUCUGCUGCGGUCUCUUCGAGGACCCGCGGGUGCUGCUGUGCUCGCACAGCUUCUGCAAGAAGUGCUUGGAGGGGCUGCUGGAGGGCAACCGGGGUCCGGCUUUCAGGACGCCUUUGAAAUGCCCCACGUGCCGCAAGGAGACCCCCCAUAACGGCGCGAGCAGCCUGCAGAUCAACUACUCUUUGCGCGCCAUCGUCGACAAGUUCAGCAAAAUUAAAGUGAUGCCUAAAAUGUCCGCUUGCAAGCAACACUGCGGGCAGCCGCUCAACAUAUUCUGCGCCACCGACCUGCGGCUCAUUUGCGGAAUCUGCGCGACGACCGACGAGCACAGGGGCCACGGCUUCAGCUCCCUGGAGGACGCGUACGAGCGAGAGAAGGGGGCGUUCGGAGACCUGCUCCAGGAGGCGGAGAGCUGGCAGAGCGCGGACACCCUGUCCUGCCUGGAGACGCUGCAAGCCAGCAAGAAAAAGGCUCUCCAGUCGGUGGGCAGGGACGCGGAGAAGGUGGCCGACUACUUCGACAAGCUCAUCGGAUCCCUCGAGUGCAAAAAGAGCGAGAUCCUCUCCGACUUCGAGACGCUAAAGCUGGUGGUGAUGCAGGCGUACGACCCGGAGAUCUCCAAGCUGAGCGCCGCGCUGGAGGAGCAGAGUCGCGCGCUCGGACUGGCGGAGUCCGUCAGAGGCGUCUCCGACCCGCUGUGCUUCCUGCAGCACAUGCAGGAGUUCCGUGAGAAGAUCGAGGUCCUGAAGGAGACCGCCCUGCCCUCUCGGAAAGACAUGGACGUGGGGCCCCUUGUGCGUAAUUUCGAUGUGAAAAAGUGGGAUUCCCUCCGGCUCCGAGAAAUAGACAAGAUCUCAGUCCCACAUGAGAAUGGCGCCUACCAAACAGGUGGCUCUCGGAUGUCGUCGUGGUCCAAGUGGAUCGUUUUGUCCCUGGUACUCUUCCUGUCAACACUACCCAUCUUUUUCCUGUCACCGCCGUACACUGCAAUCGACGUGACCUCAAGAAUCCAAGCGCUGAUCACUGAAUGUGUCCCUUCCGCUACUCUGUACCUGCAGGAAAUCAAUGACAUGUGCGCAGGUCUGAUCGAAGCAGGUCAGGAACAUAUGAUGAGGUUAAUUUCACAUCUGUCCACUACUUUCACUCACUACUUAUCCUAAUUCGUGCAGAAGAGGAGCGAAUGAAUGGAAACACUUAUACUUGUUUACAUUAUGUUGUAUUAUUAUUAUUUUUUUUUAACCUUUGGUCCUUAAUGAAGCCUGAAAAUCAAACAAUCCUCCUCUAAAUCCUCAGAGGUUGCAGUCUAAACCUAAUUAUGUUUUUUCUUAAUUUAUUUAAUUUUGUACACUAACGAUAUUUUUUUUUUUAACUUGAUUUUUGGAAAAUAAAUUUGAAAAAUCCCGAGUCACUGCUAUGGUUGUUUUCCUUCAGAGCGACAGGGUGAGAUCAGGCUGCCGCUGUAAUGAUGGGGAGAAACUCAGCGCUCCGCGCGCCACAGUGAUGCUGCAACCUCUUCAAGGUUACAAACGUUACGUAACAGGGCCCGUGUGAAACUUUCAGCGGGCUGCAGAGGAAGGUACGAAGACACAGCUCGGUCAUGUUUUCAGUGAAACAGAAAAAUUGCUCAACGUGUAGCAGCAGUCAGAUGCUCAACCUCAGCACUUAAUAAAUGCUGAUCCGCCAGGUUUUUUUUUUAUUUUUUUUUAUAAAAUUCAGAUCUGAUCUUCUGCGGCUCUUUCGUUUCACGGCUGGCAGUGCAAAAUCCAGAAGGUGCGCCCUUGUUGAAAUAAAUGGCGCAGAGCAUAAUUUACUCCCUAAAAAUCUGAAUUUUU